GUGGUCAGAACAGGAAGGGGAAGGAGGAGGGUCUAUAAGUCUAUAACUGGAGAUCACAGAGUCUCACUCAGCAGCAAGACAGAAUGGAACUCACACCACUCUGCUGGCAGCUCUUGCUGUUGAGUACACUGGUAUACUGUAGCCUCGGACAAGGUGGAGAUCUCUCUCUUCCAGCCUCUCUGAGUGUCAGUCCUGACAGAUCUCAGUUCUUUGAAUAUGAGUCUGUCUCUCUGAGCUGUGAGGUUCAGGGGAACUCUACUGGAUGGAGAGUGGUGAGGAACACAUCGAGAGGAAUCCUUUCAGAGUGUAGUACUGACUGGGGAAAACAACAAGGGUCUUCAUGCACCGUGUCACUAAUACCAUCAGACAGUGGAGUGUACUGGUGUCAGUCUGGGUCUGGAGAACACAGCAAUGCUGUCAACAUCACAGUACAUGCUGGUGCUGUGAUCCUGGAGAGCCCUGCCCUUCCUGUGACUGAGGGAGAUUCUGUGACUCUGCGCUGCAGAUAUCAGGAAACUCCCUCUGACCUCACAGCUGUUUUCUACAAAGAUGGAUCCCUCAUCAGGACUGAGACUACAGGAGAGAUGACCAUCCCUGCAGUAUCCAAGUCAGAUGAAGGACUCUACAAGUGUACCAACUCGAAAGGAGAUUCACCAGAGAGCUGGAUGACAGUGACAUCUAACGGCUCCACCUCAUCCUCCUCUCUCCUCCUCCCUCUGUCUUUGUCUGGGUUGAUGGCUGCUCUCGCCAUCUCUCUGAUCAUUCUACUGGUCCUGUUCUGCAAGAAGAGGAACAAACAUGUAGCAGCUGAACCCAGAGAUGUUACCUAUGCUGACGUCAGAAUCACACAGGACCCAGAACCCAGGAGGAGAGAGAAGUCUCCAGGAGCGGAUCCAGUCUACUCUGCAGUGAAGACCUCCAACACCACAGUUCCAGGUGGAUCUGGUCCAGGUGAUGUGACCUAUGCUGACAUCAACCACACAGAGAAGAGACAACACAACAGGAGGAGAGAGAACGUCGUUCCAGACCCUGUCUACUCAGCAGUGAAGACAGACAGACAGAGAUACAGGUAGAGCUGUGUCUGGAUCCAGGGACGUAAUGUACAGACUGAGUGACCCUGUUCAUCAGAACGUCAUGGUGGGUGGAAAAAGAUGCUCUCUUCAGCAGCGGUGAAUAACCACAACCCUGUCAGUCCAUCUCUUUACUUCUCAUUUCUCUUUUCUUCUCUCUCCCCCCUUCCGUUUUCACACCAACACACUUAUCUUUAGACGCUGCGGCCUUGACCUCUGUCAACAGCAUCGGCAACAGAGAGAUGUGAAGUUUCCACAACAGAGUUAGAGUCAGUUUAUCAUGUACUUCUCUUUAGACGCUGCAGCCUUGACCUCCAUCAACAGAGUUAGAGUCAGUUUAUCAUGAGAACAUACAGACACCACUGACUGGAAGCAGCUGACAGUAUCAGUUGUAAAGGCUUCAUUACUACUAACAGAAAGAAGUUGUAGUGUUAUGUCCAUGAUGAAUGAUGUAAAGGCUUCAAUGUGCUUUUAUAUUGAGCUGCUCUGUUAAAUUCGGUUUGUUGAUGUGAGAUUGUAAAUUGUAUUUCUCUAUAAUGUCAUUGUGUGUGUUUACCUUGAGCAACACCGUUGUAUGGUUACCAACUUGUCAAAUAAAGCUUCCUAAAAUGUG